ACAGCAGCAUAGAGAUAUAGAAGAUAAAAAUAAUGAAGAAAAAGGAGAAAGGAGACUCUGCUUCACGAUCCCCCUCUCCAUCCACGGCCAUCAAAUGUCGAAGGCGGUGGUUUACGCUCUCCUAGCCACCGCCUUCUUCAUUUUCUUGGUCCUUUCCCCUAACUCUCGCCAAGAUGACGCCCGCUUAAUCCCUGGCCGCCGCCUUGGCUACAAAUUUCGGGUGCCAGCUUUCGACCCUCUAGUCAUCCGGAUCGAAAGAUCCGUAGAGGAAAGAAAAUCAGGCAGCGAUCAUCGCAUCAACAACGCCAUCAACCAGGAAGACAUCUCUUACAUUCCCGAAGUAGAGGAUUCAUUGGAGUAUUUCAGCGAUAAGGGCAUAUUGAACAUUACCCUGAGGUUGAUCACCCUGUUUCCUCUGUUGGACGUCUCGUCGGUGAAUGGGCCUGUGAGCUACGAUGAACUAGAGACCUGGAAUAUUCAACAAGCGCUGGAUCGGCUGUAUUACAGAACGCAAAAAGAGAUAACAUCACGAGACAAAAAUGGGGAUGGAGCCAUCAGCUUCCGCGAGUAUCUGCCUCACUUUACCGAGAAAGAUAUAGAUAAACGUGAAAUGGGGCACGGCGAGGCUGGUUGGUGGAUGAAGCAAUUCAACAAUGCAGACGUUGAUUGGGAUGGGAAUCUCAAUUUCAAUGAAUUUAACGAUUUCUUACACCCAGAAGACAGUAACAACGAAAAAAUUCAUAUGUGGCUUCUCAGUGAAAAGAUGAAAAGAAUGGACGACGACCACGAUAUGAAACUCAAUUUCGAAGAAUUUCUUCAUCAUGCCUAUGAUAUUCAUAGAAGCUACCUGGCAUUCGAAACGGACGGCAAUGAACCGACCGCGGAAGAGAAAUUUACCGAACUUGAUUUGAACAAGGACAGGUUCAUAGAUGUGGAAGAACUGAAGCCUAUACUUCGGUAUCUAUACCCCGGCCAAUUGUCCCACGCCAAGUACUACACAAGUUAUCUGAUUCACGAGGCUGAUGAUAACAAAGACGGUGCAUUGUCACUGGCUGAGAUGCUAAAUCACGAAAAUUUGUUCUACAACACCUUGUAUGACGACGGAUUGGAGGAUUAUGAUGAAUUUCAUGAUGAACUCUAGCAUCAAUCCAAUAUUCCAUUGUUCUAUUGAACAAUUGAUAUUUUUUUGUAGAGGAAGCUCAGAAAAUACCUUUUGGGUUCGUCCUGUUAUUGCUUUCAUUUUCCCUUUUUCAAUGCAAACGAGAGAAAUGGAGGAAUAGAUUUUUUAUUUUCUA